UUACAUAGUUUCUUUAUCAGAAAACACAUGCUUUCCAUUUUGGAGAUGAACCUCAUACUGUGGUCUUGAGUGUCUCAAAUGCAAACCUUUCCAAAGACAAUCAUGUAUCCUUCUCUAGCAGUCUGCCAUAGCCCUUUCCAUAAAUACUUGUGUUAGCGAACCUAAAAGAAAAAUGAAAAUUAAAACUUUGCUCGCCUGAAACACUGUGCUCUUACAAUCUAGUAAUUCAUUGUCUGUCUUGUUUCUUUCAGAACUAUCACGAUGUUAUGGCCUGCCACCCAGAAAACUUUCAGUGGGCAUGCUGGAGUUUAGAAAACGUAGCUAUCAUACUUGCUCGCCGAUUCCCUAAUAGUUAUGUUUGGGUUGUAAAAUGUUCCCGUAUGCAUCUGCACAAAUUCAGCUGCUAUGAUAACUUUGUGGCAAGUAAUAUGUUUGGAGCACCAGACCACAGUAUUGACUUUGGAGCUUUCACACACCUUCAUGCUUUGCUAGUUAAUGCAUUCAGCAUCACUCAGAACAUUUUGCUGUCCCAGAAGAGUAUGUAUAGUUUCAACAAGGAUGCAACAAUAGCUGUUUGUGAAUCAAAAUCUGUUCCUACAACAAAUGGCUGUCCAGCAGCAAAGAGAGAGAGAAAUUGUGAACAUUCUAGUAAUUCUGCUAUAAAUUUCGGUGCACCAUCUGUUAUAGGUGCAGCAUCAUUUACUUUGAUUGGUUUCAGUAAAGGUUGUGUGGUUUUGAACCAGUUGCUUUAUGAGUUAAAAGAAACUAAAAAGGACAGAAGCACAGAUGCCUUUCUAAAAAAUAUAAAAGCGUUUUACUGGUUAGAUGGUGGUCACUCUGGAGGAAGCAAUACUUGGGUUACUGACCCUGAAGUGUUGAAAGAAUUUGCACAGACAGGGAUUGCAGUUCAUGCUCAUGUUACACCUUACCAAGUGUUUGAUACAAUGAGGUCAUGGAUUGGGAAGGAGCACAGGAAAUUUGUGCAGAUUCUUGAAGAAUUUGGUGUACAAGUAAAUAAACUGCUUCAUUUUGCAGAUGAAGUCCCUUCCUUAGAUAACCACUUCAGAGUUCAUGAAGUAUUUUGAGACUUUGAAUAUACAACUGUGUACUGUAUUCUUUGCAAAAGCACUUUUGACUUUGUCUUGAAAUGUUGACUUACAAUUUUUGUGCUGACUGUCCCUAAAGUAGAGUACUGAAUACAUUAUAAUGUGUUAAAUCUGUAUAUAUAUUCAUGUGCUUUAAGAAGGGCCUUGGCAUGAGAGUCUAUAUGCUUGUGCUGAUAUUUAUAUAGCAAGAGAGAUUGUCUGACCCUUAGGAAAGGUAACAGCUGUCCAUGUAUAGAUGUAUUUUUAACAUAACAGACAUUUUUGUGCAAAAUGUUUGCAUUUAUUCUGAAACUGAUUUGUAGCCAAAAUUUUCAACCCUGGUGCCUGAAGUUAGUCUCUUAAGCUGCUGUCAAUAGGAGUUAUAAGCACUCAGUACUUCCUGAAUGUCAGGCCACUUUUAUUGGGGAACCUAAUUUUGACCUUCUACCAUUGAGAAUUUUGGCCUCUGCUAGUAGAAAACAGAAAUCUUUUAGCUUUUUGACACACAGGAAAAAAUGUGAUAGUUGAAGCAGUCUUGGUUAUAUAUUUCAAUGCAAAUAGUACUAUUGGAUAGCUUUAAACCUGUGAGUUCUGUAACUUUCCCUCAAUGAAGCAAAAGCACAAAUGACAUUUACUUUUGAAAUAAGGGUGCCAGUCUGUUCUUUUUUUAUAGUCACAGAAAGGGCAUGUUGCUUUUGAAGUUCCAUUAACUAAUUGCUAACCAUAUGCUAGGGAGUAGCCUUUCAUUUGGGAACUUGAGAAUAUUAAACAUGUAGCUAUAAUUUUUAAAAUGACCAAGAAUGCUCUUUAGUGUUUAGUGUACUAUUCUUGUUAGUCUCUAAAGUGCUACAUUGUCCUGCAUUUUGCUUUAGUGUUUAGUGUACUAUUAGUUCAACAUUCCCUAUUAGUACUGUGAAGUCUCUCUAUCCAUUUGAAUUUGAAGUUGUUGGGUCCUUCUUGAACAGGAAUUUGUGGCAGUUUUCAUUUAAAUCAAGCCAUGAAAUAUAAUCUAUGAUGGCAUAUAUUGCAAGUUACAUAGUAACUUCUAGAAUGUGUCUGCUCAAGAAUUUGGAAAGAGUUUGUAGAACUGAUUGUUAGUACCCUAAAAAAGCUACACAGCUUUAUUUUCAGGAGCAUAAUUUUCUACACUUUUUUUUAACUAAAGUACAAAACUAGAUUAGUAAAAGGAUGCUGACAGAUACAUUCAGAUCUUCUAUUUAAACUAUUUUAAAAACUACUACAAGGUGGGUGAGGAUAGAAUUUGUUGCCUUAAAGUCUUUUUCAUAUUUAAGCAGGUGAUAAAUGAAUCUGGGUUUGGAAAAUCCUAUCCUUAAAAAUAGCUGAUAAACCAAUGGUUGUUUGGGAAAAAAAAACCACAUCUUUGUCUAAAAGUGUGUAAAAGCAAUUGAGUUACAACUGCUGUUGGUUGUGAAGAUGGAAAUAACCCAAAGUUAGUGUGGGUCUACUUUGAAAAGUGAUAGUAUACAAAUUACGCCAUACUCAACUUGUUCCUUAUUUGGGGUUAUAUCUGCUUGUUUAGUGGCAGUUUUUACUAUGUUUUUUCUCCUUUUAGCUCUACAAUGCUGAAAGGGGAGCAGGAUUUUUCUCUGCAUCAUCACACACUUAUUUAAUUUUCAUUCAGCUACCCCUGUACAAGACCACUGGAGAAUAUGAAAUUUUAUGAAUGUCACAAACAUAAUUUGGUAUGAGCCUAUCUUACUGGUGGUGAUGUGCAACAAUAAAAAGUUAGUCUAGGGAAUCUUUUUUACUUGUCAGCUUAGCACAGUUGAUUUGGAAGCAAGUGGAGAAGAUAUUGCGCAUUAAAUACCAUGUUUUACAGAGUUACUUUCCAAAAUAAAACUACAUGUUACGGUUAAAUCUAUUUAAGUAGGCUUAAAUGUUUGCUCAUGAGUGAACAAAAAAUUAGCCUAUUCAGUAAUUGUACAUUAAAAUACUCUAAACAAUGGAGAAAAUUAUAGCAUAUAAUAUAUAAAAUCAAUUCCAAAUGAUUAAAUGUUGCUCAAUGAUGUGAUAUCUACCUUCUGCUCUUAUUCAAGCUUCACAGGAAGCUUUAGGCAGCGCUACCUAUUGAUUAUCUUUUUAGUACAUUUUUAACAAACCACCUUUAUAUACACAUUCCAAAAUAGAUGAUUAGCCCGGGUAGCACUCUUAACUACAAAAGAAGUGGGUGUCAGGGUUUUUCUAUUUGAAAUGAUAUGCUUUAAAGACGACAAAACACAUUUUGUAGCCUAUGUUUAAUACAAAUCAUUUGAAAGUCUUACGUGAAUCAUCUACAAUGCAUCUUAUGCUCCUUACUGGUGUAGUGAAGAAACCUUUCCAAAGUUGUGCAGAUAUUAAUUUUGGUACACAAAGAAAAGAAAAUUCUCUAUUCUGUAAUAGGAACACCUUCAAAACAAUAUGCAGUGUUAGCCAAAGUGAUAAUUUAAAGGAUAUUACAAACCUGUGAAAACAGCUACUUUAUACUGUUUGGCAGUGUCCUCAAGGUUUCUGGAUGAUUGUCCUAAGGAAACGUGAAUCAUCAGAACAACAGAAGUGGCUUAUAAAAUACCCAGUGCAUUUGAUCAAAUUGUAGUUUCUGUGCUACUUUGAAGAUAAACACUUUCAUAUAAAAUAUAUUUCCAUUUUAAGAGUUUUUGUUCUAAGAUUUACUAUUUGUCCCUUUUUUAUUGUAUGUUCACUUUCUCUAACCAGUAGCGGUAUUUUAUUGGACUGCACCUCUGUCAUUCACUUCAGCGCAUGCUAAAAAUAAAAUGUGCAGACAAUGUGGAAAGUAAUUUAAAUGUUUUACAGGGAAAACCACCUCAGUGUGGAUGUAAAACUAACUGUAUUAAACAAGAAAUCUGCAGUUAACUGGUGUGAAGUAUAUGUUAUUGUGGAUUGGUGGAAAUCUGUAUUUAUGUACUCCUGCUAUUGUGCUGUCAAAGUGGCUUACUUAGGAAAAUUGUAAGAAGGUCUGCUGUUUGUCCUGAGGGACAGUAAAUAGUUCUCUAACUAUUAUAUAAUAAAGAACAAGAUUUGGUUCUGUGAAACUGUCAAGGUUCCUCCUUACCUAUUUAAUGUAGAAGUGUAUAUACUUUCAAAUCUCUGGAAACUUAGGGCGAUAAAAAAAUAGCUGCAACUUUGUUUUACUGAUCUAUUACCAUGUAAAGUACAUGUUUAAAAGUGACUAAAUUAACCAUAAUAUAAUCCAGGAUUCUAGUAAUGCUUUGUACAAAUGCAAAUGUAACCUCUAGGUUUAUAUUAAAAUCAAAUUUAAAUUAG